AAGUCUCUCUCCAGAGCUGGGCCGGCAGAGAGCGCAGGCUGUGUAGCGCUGGGAGUCUGCGCUCGUCUCUGAACCAGUAGCUACUGAGGAAGCCCUGCCAGUUACAGGACAAAGAGCAGAAGCUGAGCAUGGAUGCCGUGGCCAUCGAAGUGGAAGAAGAAGCUGUGACCACUGAAGAUGCUUCUCUACUCCAAAAACAAAGCACAGAAGAAAUGGAACCUACCGUUGAGCUGCUGCCUGUUGAGUUCCAGGAGUUGAUGACAGUCAAAGAUGAAGAAAUGGACUUCACCCAAGAGGAGGUCGAAGAGCUGAAUUCUGCCCACAAGUACAUAGGCAUGGAUAUGAAGGUGGAGCACUGUGGGAGCCUCGCAUUUUGGGAUUCUGAAUCUAUGCCUGCAACUGAAGAAUUCCUUUUAAAGCAGGAAGAUUAUGAACGAUCACCUGAAAGAGAGCUGAUACUAGAAAGACUUCAAAAGGGUGAUGCUUGGAGCUCUAGGUUGAUAGGAACCUGGGAAUGUGAAGGCACAUUGGGAAGGCAGCCAGGAAACCAGAAGAGAGACUUAAGGCGUGUCACAGUCAAACACAGGAAAAGGCCUGCGGGUUGUCAUGAAACUGGGGAAAGUUCGAACCCCAUCAGACGUCGGAAAAUGCACCCCGGGAAAAAGCCGUGGGAGUGCACCGCGUGUGGCAAGUGCUUCAGUUACUACUCCGCCUUUGUCCCCCAUCAGAGAACCCACACUGGCGAGAAGCCGUAUGCAUGUAGCCAGUGCGGCAAGGCCUUCAGUCGGAGUUCUUCACUCCUUCAGCAUCAGAGAAUCCACACUGGAGAGAAGCCCUACGAGUGUGAUGUGUGCGGGAAAGCUUUCUGUCACCGUUCGGCCCUGCUGCAGCAUCACACCGCUCACACGGGAGAGAAGCCCUAUGCGUGCGAGGAGUGUGGGAAGGCCUUCAGCCAAAGCACGUAUCUCAUUCAGCAUCAGCGCAUACACACUGGGGAGAAGCCCUACAGAUGCAAGGAUUGUGAGAAAGCUUUCAACGAUACCUCAUCCCUCAUUAAACACCAGAGGGUGCAUACUGGAGAAAAACCCUACGGCUGCAAAGAGUGUGGGAAAGCCUUUAGUGAUCGGUCAGGCCUGACUCAGCAUCGGAGAACCCACACGGGGGAAAAGCCGUAUGAGUGCAGUGAGUGUGGGAAAGCCUUCAGCUACUGUUCAGCUCUUCUUCAGCAUCAAGGUACUCACAGUGCGGAGAAGCCUUACAAAUGUAAUGAAUGUGAGAAAGCCUUCAGCGACCGCUCAGCUCUUGUAAGACAUCAGAGAAUUCACACUGGCGAGAGACCUUACAAAUGCAGAGAGUGUGAGAAGGCCUUCAGCCAGAGCUCAUCCCUUACAAAGCAUCUAAGAACUCACACUGGCGAGAAACCGUAUAAAUGCCAUGAUUGUGACAGAGCCUUCAGCCAGAGCUCAUCUCUUAUUCAACACCAGAAAAUUCAUACACGACAAAAAGCCUACAGAAGUAAGAAGAAGGGUGAGAAAACCUGUAUGUUCAGCCUUUCAUCAACAUAAAGAAAAUCAUGAUGAAUAGAAUGAAGUACAUUUACAAAACAAUUAUUCUCCCCUGAUUGUAUAGAUCUGUUCUAAAUGUUGUAGACCAUAUUCCAAAACUAUUAAGAAACUGUGCCACUCACAAAAUAGCCUUCUUCCUUGAAAUGUUACUGUGUAUGGAAGAGGGCAGCAAGAGGUAAAUGUCACUAUCUGUGGGCUUUUUUUAAAGAUUUAUUUAUUUUAUUUGAAAGGCAGAGUACAGAGAAGCAGAGGCAGAGAAAGAGAGAGGUCUUCCAUCUGCUGGUUCACUUCCCAAAUGGCCACAAGGACCGGAGCUGUGUUGAUCCCAAGCCAGGAGCCAGGAGCUUCCUCCUGAUCUCCCAUGCGACUACAGGGGCCCAAGGACUUGGGCCAUCUUCUGCUGCUUUCCCAGGCACAUUAUCAGGGAGCUGGAUGGGAAGUGGAGCAGCUGGGACUCAAACCAGCACCCAUUUGGGAUGCCAGCACUGCAGGCGGUAGCUUUACCCACUACACCACAACACCGGCCCCUAUC